AUGGCUCCCUUCACGGUAUACCAGAUGAUGUUCGAACCCCUGAUCUUUAUCAGAUAUGGGCUGGAUGAGCUGGGAGGACUCGAGAUGCUCUAUCCUGGUGCAAGUUGGUCGAGUUCAUAUCUCGUUGGAGGAUGCAACAAUAUGCAGGCAAUGAGGGACAGCAAUAACUUCAUAUAUAGGCUGUGGACUUUGAAAGACGGGUGA